AGUCUCAUUUAUUAAUCACUAUCCGCGAUGAAGUCUCUCGGGCGAAUCAUCAGUUGUCUGACUUUUACUCUUAUGGCGACUCGUUCCUUUUGCGAUCCUUCUUGCUACACUUCUUUCGGUUCCACGUAUAAUUACUAUGUUUGUAGUGGCUUCAGCAAUACGACCGAUCUCCGAACUCAAGUACCGCGCGUUCCACCACAGUCAAAUACUUACUUUAUUCUCAAAAACAGCAAUCUAGACUACAUUCCUGCCGAACUCUUCACUCACGCCGCUCCCGCCGUACUAGAAUUCAGAAACGUCACAGUUCGUUCCUACAACCAGCCCGGAUCGGUAAUUAACCCCUUCUCAGGGUUAGAAGAAUCCCUUCACUCCCUAGUUUUCUCGCAUAACAGCUCUCUUCCCGAAUCGUGGGCGAUGUUCAGUCACCUGACCAAGUUGGAACAGCUCAAGUUUUUCAACGUGACUCAAGUUAACUUCACCAGAGACUUCAACUCCUUGCCUCAAGGGCUGAAGGAAGUGCACGUCCUUUCCACGGCCGUCGGGUACGUCGAUGAUGACUGGAUGUCGUCGCUCCAUAACCUCCAAACUAUCGUCAUCAUGGUCACUGAUCUGCGAUCAAUAACACGGCGGAUGCUGCCCAAGCCUGCACCAAAGCUUCGCCUGCUGCAGCUCCGAGAUAACCAGCUCACGUCACUCCCUGUGGAUUUGACGGAGGACCUCCCAGCACUGGAAUUCCUCGACGUCAAGAGAAACAAAAUCUCCAGCUUUAGAAAGGAAACGCUAAAACCUUUGGAUCGAGACGGGACCUUUGUAGACCUAGAGGGCAAUCUCUUAGACUGUGAUUGCAGCCAGAGCUUCCUUCUCCACACGCCCGACAGAUGGCACUACCCCUUCUGCAAGGACGGUUCUCUGCAUAGUCGGCGCUUUUUAAGGUUUCUUAUCGGACCGGACUUGUGUGACGAAAACAGAGGGGAAAUACACCAAUAA